AAAAAUUGGGAUCCCCACCAGUCACCACCUCACAGAAAUCGAUUAUGCGCAAACCUUCAUUUCAUCGUUUUCUCCUCCCAUAGGAAUUUUUUCUUUCCCUCUCUAAAAUUUGAUAGCUGCUCCGAUUCCCAGGUAUUUCAGUCUUUGGCAAUCCACAAAUUCGAGGCGUCUGCAUGCAUAGAUCGGAGAAAUUGCCACCAUUAAAAACUGAUAGGUUGGAUAUAUGAUGUUGGCUGGUGGCUAUUAAAAGAGGGGAUAAUUUGAUAAUUGGGCGGUAAGUAUGGAUGAUGCUGUGGAUGCCAACACCAAUCGAGGUGGGUUGGCAAAUGAAAGUGGAGAUUCUGUGGUGACACUAGAUCAAGUUCCAUGCUGGAGUAGUGUGGAGUGUAAAGACUCGAAUGAGAAUGAAGAUCCUGCAUUUUCGAACUCAUCCUUUGCAGACCCGUUGACAUCUAUAGAUGAGGGUGGGGAUUGUUUAAAUGGCAUGCAAUCCAGGUUCCCGGUGAAUCAUGAGGUUAACUCCAAGGUUUAUCUUUGGAGGGGGAACCCUUGGGUUCUUGAGGUGGAUGCUGUUGUCAAUUCAACGAAUGAGAGCUUAGAUGAAUCGCAGAGCAGUCCUGGUUUGCAUACUGCAGCUGGACCUGUCCUUGCAGAAGAAUGUGCAACACUGGGUGGUUGCCGAACAGGGAUGGCAAAAAUUAGCAAAGGAUAUGACCUUCCUGCUAGGAGGGUCAUACAUACAGUUGGUCCUAUAUAUGCUGUAAAAUAUCAUUCUGCUGUAGAGAAUGCUUUAAGUCAUUGCUAUAGGUCUUGCCUGGAACUUCUCAUUGAAAAUGGAUUGCAGAGCAUUGCUAUGGGCUGUAUAUAUACAGAAGCCAAAAUGUAUCCACGAGAACCUGCUGCCCAUGUUGCAAUAAGAACUGUCAGGCGAUUUCUCGAGAAACAGAAGGAUUACGUACAUGCAGUCAUAUUUUGUACCACAGCAUCAUCUGACGCAGAGAUUUAUAAGAGAUUGCUCCCACUUUACUUUCCAAGGGAGAAGAAAGAGGAGGUAUUAGCUACUACAAAACUUCCUGCAGAUGUUGGCGAUGAAAAUGGUGAGACAGUUAUUGAUGAACGCAGAAUAAGAAUUCAGCCUUUGCCUAAUGUGAAGAAGAAGGCGGUUCCAAGAAUUCCUCAAACCUCUAAGGAUCUGCUAGUCAGUGAUGUUUUGCCAGCACGAAAGCUAGUGAUGCAUACCUCUUUCUCACCCCUUUUAUGCCUCUAAUGCUAAACAUUUUUCUAUUUGUAUAUCUACAUAUACAAGAACCAGCUUUAUGCUAUGCUAAAAAACUUUUGCCUCCAGUCUAUGAAUUUAUAAAUUACAAACCAAUCCUAUGAUUUCCUCUUAAAGCAGGAACUCAGCAUACUUGUCUUCAUAUCUGGAUCCUGCUUUCAUGUCCUUGAUCAAAGAUCCAGACCAAAGACGCAUGGAGCAGUGGGAGAAAGCUGCUGAUGCACGAAAUGGUUGGGAUUUUGCUAAAAUGCUUGGGUAUGGUGACCUCAGGGGUCCUUUGUCUGCUGCUGAAGAAUAUUCCCUUCAUGUCAGAUAUCUUGCUAAAGCAAAUUCACUCAAUCAAGAGGAUAUGAACGAAGAUGAUGAGCUACCGAGGUGGAGUUGACCAUGAAGGUCGCCCAGUGAUGGUGGUUGUCGAAGCACAUUUUCUGUUAAGGCGUCUUGAUCUAGAACGGUUCGUCUUGUACGUAAUAAAGGAAUUUGAGCCUGUGAUACAGAAGCCUUAUACUAUUGUUUAUUUCCACUCAGCCGCAUCAUUAUAGAUGCAACCAGACCUAGGGUGGAUGAACAGUUUAGAGCAAAUACUCGAGCGGAAGCACCAACAUAAUCUUAACGCAAUAUAUGUCCUUCAUCCAACCUUUGGACUAAAAACCGCUAUUUUUGCAAUGCAGCUUUUAAUAGAUAAGGUGUGGAAGAAGGUGAACUAUCUCGAUCGCCUUCUGCAGCUAUUCAGAUACAUUCCUCGCAAACAACUGAGCAUUCCAAAUUUUGUGUUUCAGCAUGAUCUUGAAGUAAAUGGAGAGAAGGGCGUUAUUGUUGAUCCAAGAAAAAAAUAUGUUUAUCAGCGGCAAUAGAUCAUAUAAGAAGGCACAUUUCCUUCUGCUUCCGGUUCCUCAUAUGCAGCAGGUCACAACCUUCUCUCUCUAGUUUUUUUUUGGGGUUAGCUGAUUAUCUGUAAUUUUGCAUAUUCUGUAAGCUAGUACUGAUAGAAUCUCUCAUUAACUCUUCCUUUCUUUUGUAUUUGGAUAUUUGAAGAUAAAUAGGAAUAUUCAUUUGUAAUUAGUAGUACUAUUUUAAUUUA